ACCCGCGGGCGGUGACUGUGCCACAGGUGCCGCGCCGGGCACCGUGGUCUCAGCUCUGGGCAUCAAAACUCCGGCGCUGGAAACUAAGUCUUCCAAGCUGCUCCCAACCCUGGACACCGAGGCCCCCGGGCCAGAGAGCGGAGCCCUGGGGUCGUCCGAAGAGCGGGGCCCCGAGACCCCCGGGUCAGCUAAGUCCCAGGGCCUGCCGCAGAGCAGGACGCUGAGGUCCCCAGGCCAGGAGGCAAGGUCUCCGUGCCCUCCGCAGAGCAGGACGCGGAGAGAGCUGAGCAAGAGAGCGAAGUCCUUGGGCCAUCAGCGGGGCUGGACGCAGAACGCCCCGGGCCGUCUGCAGCUGGGGGGUUUGAGAGUCUCCGGCCCGGCAACCACGACCCCAAGCCGUCUAAAGCGCGAAGCGCGGGGUUCCCGAAGCAGUGUCCCCUUCAGGGUCCCGAGACCUUCUCCUCGGGGUCAGAUUCCGAAGGCCCCCUGCAGCAUUUUCUACUGCGCCCGAAGACCCCCCGGCAGGCCCCCGAGAAGCCGUUCAUGGAGACGCCCAUCGAGCGAGAAAUCCGCCGCAGCUGCGAACGCGAGGAGAGCCUGCGCCGGAGCCGAGGCCUGAGCCCUGGCGGUGCAGGCCGAGAACUCGUCGAGCUGCGCGUGCGGCCGGUGCUCAGCCUGCCCAGCCCCGGCCCCGCGCUCCCGUCGCUGCUGGAGCAGGAGGUGAGCGAGGUGCGUGAGCGCGAGCGGGAGCUGCAGCGCCAGCGGCUCAGCGUCUACGGCACCGCCGAGUUCAAGGAGCCCGCGCCGAGCCUCACGGCGACCAGGGGCGACGGAAAGCUGGCGGUGACCUGGCCUCCCCGCAGAAAGGCGUCUGAGAGCGGCUUGCAGCAGGAGGAGCGGAAGCCUUGAGGUUCCAGCAGGCUGGGACCCCCUGCCAGAGGUAACAUGCAUAUCAGAGGAAACUGGUAGGGGUGCCCAGGAGUGCUCUCGGAAUCCACUGCAGGCCUGGAAGAGGGCCAGCCGUCUGCGCUGGGGAAGAUGAAAUCGACCAGCUCCUCCUUGAACCUGACUGUGAAAUUGACCAGUCUCUUCUAUAAAACUGUUAGUCCCGGCUGGGAAACACUACGACUCUCAAACCGCCAGUGAAACUGUUCAGCCCUCCUCCGCCUAACUGCAAACCCAACUGGCCUCUCCCUCUGGCCUUUGCGAUUAGAGGGCCAGGGUUUCCGCCUCGGCUACCCUCACUCCCCAGUAAAGCCCCUUCUUUCUGGGCAGUUCAGGCUGUUUUCCUCUGGGUCCCUUCGUCUGGGCUGCGGCUGGAGCGCGCCUGGCGGAGGAAGGCCUGAGAAAGCUGCAGGAGGCGCGGGCCAGAAUACAGAAUGUACCCCUUAGCGCCCUGUUCUGGGGCUGCUGGUCUCCCCCGGCCCGGCCCGGGUCUUGGUGCCCCCUGGCGGCGCGGGAGCGAACUGCGGCGUUCGGACAAAUGAGCUCAAGCCCUUCCUUUUUCCAGACCUCGUCAACAUUUAUUGGUGCCAACUGCACGCCUGGAGCCGGGCGCGGGCUAGACAGAGGUGAUAAGAGGUUGUUCCUGCCCUGGGGACGUAAACAAUAGCUACUAAAAAAAGGCGGUGGUGGUGAAGGGUACAAGCUUCUUAGCAGGGCAUACAAGGCCAUUUAUAAUCUGUCCAGCUAUCGCAAACUUCACAUGCCUUAUAGACCCCAGACAGAUAUUGAGAGAAAUGGGGUGUGCUUUAAAAUGCCUUGUUUCAACGGGCAGGUAAGUGUUCCUCCAUAUCAGCAGUACUACAAAUGAGUGAACUCAGUGGUGCCAGAGCUUCUGAUUUCCAAAAGCACGGGGGUGGGGGGGGAACCCAGCCUUUAAAAGAGAAAUCUAGGGGACCCCGGGGGGUUCAGACCGUUAAGCGUCUUAGGUUCAGGUUAUGAUCUGCGGUCUGGGGAUCGAGCCCCAUGUCUGUCUUCCCACUAGGCAUGGGAGUCUGUAUCUCCCCCUGCCCUCCCCCUGCACACACUCUCUCUCUCAAAUAAAAUCUUUAAAAAAAAUAAAUCUACUGAACUUUA